ACAAAAUAUUUGAUCGGACGCACAACGCAAGGACGUUAUUGAUCAUUUAAUUUUACAGCCAUUCGGGAGUUUACAUCCGAAUAAUUCACUAUAAAAAUAAUUUGUCGCCGCGCCUACUAAAAAGCGAUAAUUCAAGUUUAAUUUUGAAAAUAGUAACUCGUGGCGUCAUGAAUGGUAUGAAUGAGGUGUUUCAGUUGAUCCACAAAGAGUUCAAGUCUGACAACAUGAUCGAUUCGUGGCUAUUCAUUAGCUCGCCAUGGCCAAUAUGCAUCAUACUAACAGUCUACUUGACUUUUGUACUCAAGCUUGGUCCAACAUUUAUGAAAACUCGUGAACCAAUCAACAUUAAGUACAUAAUGUUAUUCUACAAUUUAAUGCAAGUUGUGUUUAACAGCUAUAUUUUAGUUUAUCAAUUCAUCACACCUGAAUUACCAAGUUAUUUGUGGAACUAUUCAUGCUAUCCAGAUAGUACGGGUACCAAAAAUUAUAUCACACAAGAGAAUUUGAAGAAAAGGUCUUUAAAACUUCAAAUCAAUACUAUCGAAAAAACGAUUCUGAAUGAAAGAGAUCAGCUGCACAAAGCUUCAUGGUAUUUUUCUGUAUCAAAGAUUAUGGAUUUAUUUGACACAGUAUUUUUUAUUCUGAGAAAAAAGGAUUCACAUGUAUCGUUCUUACAUGUUUACCAUCAUAUUAACAUGGUAGUUACUUGUUUUUUCCAUUUGAGAUUUAUAAAAAGCGAAAACGCUGCAUUAGGGACCAUUGUCAAUUCGUUCGUUCACAUAGUAAUGUACAGUUACUAUUUCCUUACGGCACUAGGACCAAACGUCCGAAAACAUUUAUGGUGGAAGAAAUAUCUGACGUGUAUACAAAUUAUACAAUUCAUUAUCGCCAUAACGUACUGCAUAAGCCUGUACGCGUUUGACUGCACCUAUCCCAGAUUAUUUAUUGUUUACGUAUUUGCAGAUAUCGUUUUAUUUCUCUACAUGUUUUUAAAGUUCUACAAAAAAACGUAUAAACCAAUCGAUAAAACCCAAUGAACACCGAAACUAACUCUAUGUAGACGUGUUUAUACAUCGUUCACAUACCACAAAUUAAUUAAUAAAUAAAUACAUUUAUAAUUAAUUUAUUAUUAAAUUAAUACGAUAAUAUUAAUUGUAUGUCCUUCAAUUCGAUAUAUUGAUGUGUUUUAAUAACCUAUCCUUUUUAUUUUCGUAUUAAAGUGAACAGUAAUGUAUGAUCUUCUUGAACAAUAAUUUAUAAUUA